AUGGUAAAUGACUACACUCCUGAUACGACAAGCCCAAAGGUGAAUGGAUUUGAACUCAACAUCAAUGAUGGAACUCUGGUGCUCAGUUUCUCUGAAGCAGUUGACCAAAAUGCCACGGAUGUCACGCAAAUUCGAAUUCAGAAUGGUGAAGAUCACACUUCCCUGUAUGUACAGCUUCAAGGCGGGGAGAUAGAGACCAACGACAUCAAUACAAUAUUCACAAUCCACCUUGAAGAAGAUGAUCUAAACUCUAUCAAAGAAGAGACUGAUUUGGGCACUACAGCUAGCAAUACUUAUCUUGCCCUUACCUCAGAGACAGCAAGUGACUUCAGCGGCAACCAAAUUGAAGAAAUCCCUCUGAUUAGUGCUUUGCCUGCACAAGACCACACCAUUGACAUGACACCACCAACCCUGGAAGACUUUGAGUUUGACAUGAACUCGGGUAUUUUUAUGCUCACAUUCUCAGAGGCAGUCAAGGGAAGCAGCCUCUUGAGUGAGAGACUAAUGCUACAAAGCUCAGCUGCUUCGAUCCCUGGUGAAGUCCACACAUUGUCAUCUACAGACUCACAUUCAAACGAGAACAGUAUCAUUGUGAGUUUAACUGUGACUGAUGGGGACCUAAACGCCAUCAAAGCACUUCCUAACAUUGCGACAUCUAGGAACACAACUUAUCUGAGAGUUCUCGUCGGUGCAAUCAGUGAUACCAGUGACCAGUUAAUUGCCACUCUGCCUGAUGGACAAGCUGUCCCUGCUGGAAAUUUCACUCCCUGA